CUAUAUUCACUAUACCAUAACGGCGGGAACAGCACGUGGCUCCCUCCGAUGAAGAUUCAUCGCUGCGCUACUCAUACGACUCCAAUAUGGCGAAUGUGAGGGACAGUGAUACGUCGUUGUGGCUGCAUAACAAGCUUGGAACGUCAAACGAUAGCUGGACUGGUAGUUCAAUUUGCUCACAGCUGAACGCCGAAGUGCUGCGGAACAUCAAGGACUGUUUUCCAGAUCUACAGACUCAAGUGAAACUAAAAUUACUUCUUUCUUUCUUCCACAUACCGAGGCGGAAUGUUGAAGAGUGGCGUGUUGAACUGGAAGAAAUUAUUGAAGUGGCAUCUUUGGACAGUGAAUUAUGGGUAUCAAUGUUAUCCGAAGCGAUGAAAACUUUCCCAUCAUCAGGUUCUUUGAACACAGAUAUUACUGAUCUUGAUGAACAUCGACCUAUAUUUGGAGAAUUGGUUAACGAUCUACGGAAACUUCUCAAGAAGCAAAAUGAUCCAGCAAUGUUACCAUUGGAAUGUCACUACCUCAAUAAAACUGCACUCACCUCUGUCGUUGGUCAGCAACCAGCUCUUACAAAACAUUUUACAUUGAAGAGGAAACCAAAAAGUGCCGCACUUCGUGCAGAAUUGAUGCAAAAAAGUGCAGAUGCUGCGAGUAAUCUAAAAAAGAGCACAGCACCAACUGUACCUGUGAGAAGCAGAGGAAUGCCAAGGAAAAUGACCGACACAACACCGCUUAAGGGUAUCCCUAGUAGAGUUCCAACAAGUGGUUUCCGUUCACCAUCUUUAACAAGUCCUUCAAUGUCUUCUCGAACACCCAUAAGUAGUCGCAUUCGAAAGGAUGGUGGUAUAAAGCUGCUAGAUAUCAACGAGCAGCCGCUGGGAUAUGCACAGGCUAAAAAACGAAAACGUAUGAUGGAAUUAGAAGAGCAACAAAAGAAGGUUGCAGAAGCCCAAGCAGCAGCGGCCGCUGCUGCUACAGUUGCAGCAACUACAUCAGAGACUCCAACGACUCCAGAGUAUGCUCAAGGAUUAGCACCUAUAAAUCCACCAGUGACACCCGUUACUACAACAACACCGACUCAGCCGUACACUACGCCGACGACGCCAACUACAGGCAUCCCCUCGACGGUUACCCUACCAACGCCUACACCACCGACUGCACCUAUUACACCAAUCGCCACGCCUCCACCACUUGCAGCACCAGUGGCUCCAACGAACGUCGAAAAUACACCGGUUGGCGUACAGACGGUUAGGCCGGCGCAAACAGUUACACAGAUUCGCAUUCAGACAACUGCACAACCGGCAAAUGCUGCUGCGAAUACACGAAAGGGCCUAUCGCUCACGAGAGAACAAAUGUUGGAAGCACAAGAAAUGUUUAAAUUAGCUAACAAGGUGACGAGACCCGAAAAAGCACUUAUUUUGGGCUUCAUGGCUGGUUCCAGAGAUAAUCCUUGCCCUAAGCUGGGUAAUAUAGUAACAGUGAUGCUUUCGGAGAACGUUGAAGAGGUGACACAGCCAGAUGGUUCCGUCGUUGCCAUGCUUGUAGAGACUCACUUCCAAAUGAACUAUACGAAUGGAGAAUGGAAGAGAAUUAAGAAAAACCGUCGUAUAGUAACAGAAGAACCCGCGGCAGCAGCUACUCCUACUCCCAAUGCCACCGCUACGGCUUCCAAUUGAACGAAUUCGCAUGUAAACUUCUGAUUGCGAUACGAUUUCCCAAGCAAAACUUAUAGCAGCAAAUUCCUCAACUUGUUGAUAAGAAACCAAUAUAGAUACAAGUCUAGGCCUGUGGAGUUUCACGCAUCAUGGACACCGAGCACAGGAUUUCCCCUUUUUCUUUCUUUCCCCUGUACUCUAGAAAUCGUCCGUCAUAUAUUUCUAUCAUACUACCAUUGAAAUAUGAAGCAUCCUCAGAUUUGAAUUAGCUCAGAAAAAUGAAGCCGUAAAGUGAAUUGAUGAAUUAAUGCAUGUCAAACUGCUGAAAGAAAUACUUGUGUAUUUUGAAUAUAACAUUUUAAGUUGGAGUUCAGUUCGAGAAAAAAAAAGUGUACGUCAAGUACUAUGCAAGUAAGCUGUUGCGGUUACUUUAAGAAAAUCAUUUUUUUUUUUUGUAAAAUUUGAUCUGUUAAAUUUAUCCUUAUCAAACAAAUUCAAUGUCCUUAGUCAUUAGAAU